UGCUUUUCUGUCCUGCUUGACGUAGCAUUGAAGUGGUAUCGUGCUAAGUGUAACAUCCAGGCUGAGGUGGAGGAGAUGCAGGAAGAGCAGCGAACUUUGACCUCAGUGAAGACGGUCUCAGUAUUACAGCUCUUCAAGGAUUCGUCCGUGCGCUGGCAACUUAUCACCAUCAUUGUGGUCAAUGCGGGAAUGCAGCUGUCGGGAAUCGAUGCGAUCUGGUUCUACACAAAUUCAAUCUUUGAGAAUGCCGGCAUUCCUGCUCAUCAGAUCCAGUAUACAACAGUAGGCACAGGAGCCAUAGAAGUCAUCGCUGGACUCAUAGGUUGCUUCACUAUUGAGCGUGUUGGCAGGAGGCCGCUAAUGAUCGGUGGUUUUAGUUUUAUGUGCAUUUGCUGUGCUGGAAUUACUUUUUCACUUCAGUUACAGACUCGUGUGUCCUUCAUGCAUUAUAUCAGUGUGGUCUGUGUGGUUGGGAUUAUUGCUGGAUUCUGUAUAGGGCCUGCCGGUGUCUCAUUAUUGUUGACAGGAGAGCUCUUUAAACAGUCUCAUCGACCUGCUGCCUACAUUGUAGGAGGAUUUCUCAACUGGAUAUCAAACUUCACUGUGGGCUUUGUAUUUCCAUUCCUACAGAUGUCAGCUGGUGCUUUCUGUUAUCUGGUGUUUUGUGGUGUGUGUGUUGGCGUGGCGCUCUAUGUCUACUUCGUUGUCCCUGAGACAAAGAACAAAACUUUUGUGGAGAUCAGUCAGAUGUUUGCCUUAAAAAAUAGGGGUGAAAUUGAAAAAGAGCCCCUGGCUAUCGCUGACCAACUCAGUCUUAAAAAGAUGAAUGGCUAUGGAAGUGUUGUGCCUGCAGAUCUGGAGAAAUCCUGUUGAUGUUGUACGCUGUGAUCUGAUGCUGCUAAACACUGCUGCUCACAAUGACAUCAAAA